AUGUUUCUUCCAUUGCUGCUGCUGAUCUGCUCUCUCUCUUCAGCUCAGAUUCAAGCCUUCGAGUCUGACAAUGAACUUGGAGUAAAUUUAAGACAAACUGAGGUGACAGGAGGAGAAGCAGGAAAUGUCUCUGAGCAACAACCAACGUGUACGCAGGAUCUCCAUGCAGUGCUGAGGGAGAUGAGCGGCGUGUUGGCUGGACUGAAGGUUGAGAUGAGAUACUUGCAGCGUGAUAAUACAGAACAAGCUAAAAAGACCAGAGAAUUGGAGCAGCAGUACCAAGCACAAUCAGCUAAGGUGAAUCAACUGGAGUCACAAAAGACGGAGCUGAAGCAACAGUACCAAGAGCAGGCAGCUAAGCUGGCAGAACAGGCGGCUAAACUGGCAGAACAGGCAGCUAAACUGGCAGAACAGGCAGCUGAACUGCUCACCAUUAAAGCCAGAGCAAACACAACAGAAAACCAUGUGAACACUCUGACAAGAGAAGGAGAAGAACAAGCAGCAAGGCAGAGAGAACUGGAGUCACAAAAGACGGAGCUGAAGCAACAGUACCAAGAGCAGGCAGCUAAGCUGGCAGAACAGGCAGCUGAACUGCUCACCAUUAAAGUCAGAGCAAACACAACAGAAAACCAUGUGAACACUCUGACAAGAGAAGGAGAAGUGAAACGAGUGGCUUUCUCAGCGUCUUUGAUCACUUCUGGUGAAGAAACUAUUGGACCAUUUAACGCACACACCAACCUGAUCUUCAGAAACGUUGUUUCAAAUGUUGGAAAUGCCUAUAACCCAAACACAGGCUUUUUCAUAGCCCCGGUGAGAGCAGCCUACCACUUUGAGUUCUACAUUCAUGGAGGUGGACAUCCUUCACAUGGUACUGGUGCUGCGCUGGUCAAGAAUGGAGACCAUGUUGUUCUUGCCUAUGAACAUCAGACUUCAUUUUCUGUUAAUCCUGCUAAUGGUGUCACUUUGUUAUUAGAGGUUGGAGAUGUUGUGUUUUUACGUCAGUGGGUAAACACAAGGAUUUACGACAGUCAUAAUCACCAUACUACCUUUAGUGGCCAGCUUCUUUUCACAUUGUGAGAGUUCUUCAGUUCACUGAUACUCAUGCAGUUUAUUAUCAGAAUGUAUCUUUGUAUUUCAGUUUUCUAAUUGAUGUAAACACAGUCUUGCUAUUAAAGUUUUAUCUUCAGCUG